UCUGAUCUCAUAAAAUAAAUAUUGUAAGCGAAAAAAAUAUACUAGGUAUACUUACAAAAAAUUGUGUUUGGUUACUGUGAAAGCUAGCUGUUUAAUUCGAUUAGCAGUAGGUUUAACCCUAAUAAUGUAAAAGAUAUUAGACCUGGAAAACUAGGUUAACGUAAUUCUCUCCUGACGAAUUGAAUGUACGACCAUGGUAAAAACCCGAAUGCUGUCCAAACAUUGCCCUAGCUGCGAUCAACAAACAGCAAUUGCUUCCAAACGCUGUGUUUGUGGUUACGUAUUCAACGGACGUCAAAAUAAUGCAGCUUAUAUCCCGCCAGCUUCCGUGGGUCGACCAAAAUCAAGUAAAAAGGGUAAAACUACUGCAGAAACACGUAAAGCCGCAGCUGCCGCUGUUGUGGCAACUAACUCCCAAGUUCAACGCCGGCGUACAGGACGUGUUCGUCGAGAGAAACCUAACUAUUACGAUUCUCUGCAAUAUGAAAAAAAGAAAAAGAAGUCGAAGAAAUCUACAAGAUCGUCAUUGUUCAAGGGCAAGGAAGCAAAGCAGUCCCAGUUGAUCGCUGCAAAAGAAACACAAGUGGCGCGUGCUAAUAGACAUGCUCAGCGAAGAGCUAAAAAAGAGGAAAUUGAUGGUGGUGGAGAUCUGGCCGCUAAACUGCCAAUUGAUAAACAGGAAAUUGCUACUCUUAUUUUAUCGGAGAUAAAUAGAAAAAUUGGUUCUGUUGUGUGGAAACAACCGUGAUGCAUUCCAGUAGUCAAAUUUGAAUGUAACGGCAUAGAGGGUAACCUCUCUUGAAUUUAUUUAUGAAAAAAUCAUACUAUGUCAAAAGAACCUUCCUGGAAUAAGAAAAUCUAUCUGGUGACUGAGACUUUCAUGAAAAUCAAACUAAAUGAUAUUGGAACUAAACCGUUCCAGACAUGUUUCGUUUUGCAAUCGGUCAGAUACAACAGGUUUCGUUUUGUCAAUCGGUCAGAUAGCAGUUAAGAAUUUAUCGUAGCUGACCAUGAUGUGAUUAUAUAUGGAUUUAAACAGAAAGUUUUUAAAAAUUCUAUAGGUAAUAAAGGAAAAAAAAAACAAAGUGGUUAGUUAUUAGUGCAUGAUGAGCGCCUUUGGAUAGGUUGUAACGCCUUUGCAUUCACACAAACACACUAUAUUUUUAAACAUCUAGCAUAGCAGAGCAUAUAGACAAACGUGCACACCACGGAUGGUUGAUAUGGUGUACUCGUAAGUCACCAUACACCUGGCCAUCUCCUUACGAUUAUAGAAAUGGGUACGUUAGUUGAACACGUACUUGAAGAGGAUGCGCAAAAACUCGAGCGAUCUUCAUGGUAUUACGUAGUAUCAAUAACAAAUAUAUGAGUAAUAUGCGUCGAAUUAUAUGAAUAUAA